UGCUCGAGCGUUGUUUUGAGGUAGUCCAGUUAGUCGGCGCUCGGCGCGCGGGUGCCACGUGCUCGCCUGACGUGGCGCAGAUAGCCGCGAUAGCGAUAGCGCCGCGAUACUCCGCGAUAACACUCGGCCGCCGACGGUCGUCGCCAUGUGAUCGCUCCGAUGGGAGCCGAGCAAAAAAUCCGUCCGCCAGUGCACCCCUGUGAGACACAAAAAAGGGAUAAAAAGGGUAUUCCGGGAAUGCACACAUGUGUAGUGUGCGGGUAGCGGGCGCCACUUCAGACUCAGUGCUUCGAUGGCGCGGCGUGGCAAGUGGGCCGGGCUGGUGGUGGGACUGGCGCUGGGGCUGGCGCUGGGCGCGCUGCUCCGGCGGGGCGGGCGCGCGCCGGCGCCGUGCCGCCCCGCGCCCCCCGACCCGCUCGCGCUGCUGCAGCUGGCGCCCAACGAGACGCGCGACAACUCGCGGCGCGCGCUCGUGCUGGUGGGCGUGAUGACGGCGGCGCAGUACCUGGACACGCGCGCGCGCGCCGUGCACGAGACCUGGGCGCGCGACCUGCCGGGCCGGCUGGCCUUCUUCAGCUCGGAGGGCUCGCGCGCGCCGGGCCUGCCGCUGGUGGCGCUGCGCGGCGUGGACGACAGCUACCCGCCGCAGAAGAAGUCGUUCCUGAUGCUGCUGCACAUGUACGAGCAGUACGGGGACCGCUUCGAGUGGUUCAUGCGCGCGGACGACGACGUGUACGUGCGCGGCGACCGGCUGGAGGCGUUCCUGCGCGGCGUGGACAGCCGCAAGCCGCAGUUCAUCGGGCAGGCGGGGCGCGGCACGGCGGCGGAGCGGGACGCGCUGGCGCUGGCCCCGGACGAGAACUUCUGCAUGGGCGGGCCGGGCGUGCUGCUGUCGCGCGCUGCGCUGGCGGCCGCGGCGCCGCACGUGCGCUACUGCCUGCAGCACCUGCUCACGAGCCACGAGGACGUGGAGCUGGGCCGCUGCGUGGCGCGCUUCGCCGGCGUCGCCUGCACCUGGAGCUACGACAUGCAAACCAUCCUGCACCACAACAGCAGCGGCGCGGCGGCGUACACCGGCCGGCUGAAGCGCCGCGAGGUGCACCGCGCGAUCACGCUGCACCCCGUCAAGGACCACCGCUACAUGUACCGAUUGCACUCCUACUUCAAGAACCUCCGCAUCCAAGAGCUCCGCGAGCAGUCGGUGCAGCUGCACCGCGACAUCUCUUCCUCACUGAAGGCGCUGGGCGUGGCCAGUGACCAUGCCCAGGGGUACACACUGCCCGGGGGCCUGCCGCUGUUCCCCGCCAAGAUCGGACAGGCGGGGUACUUGGGGGAUAAUGAGAUUUUAGGCGCCCCAGUCGAGCUGGACCGUUACAAGCCGGCAGACUUCGACGACGUGGUGCUGUACGACUUCGUGAGCAAGUCCAUCUACUCCACCACGCACCAGAACCCCAAGAGGAAGAUCGAACUGCCGCUGAAGGAAGCCCUGGAUGACGUCAUCAGAGAGGUAAUGGAGAUAAUCAACCAGCCGUCCCGGCAGCGCGGGCGGGUCAUCGACUUCAACGAGCUUCUCUACGGCUACACCCGGCUGGAUGCGCUGCACGGGGCGGACCACGUGCUGGACCUGCUGCUGCAGUACCGGCGCUACCGCGGCCGCAAGAUGACCGCCGCUGUGAGGAGACACGCGUACUUGCAGCAGAGCUUCACCGGAAUGGAUAUUAGAGAGCUGCCCCUGGGAGACCCGCCUUCACCUGACGGCGACUCCUACCUGGAGAGCACCGGAGCCGCCAGCAGAGGCGACGUCGACUACGAAGACUUCGACGAAUCCAACAAAGAACAGAACGGCUUCCUAGAUUUAAAUAAUAUUAACAAGCCCCUUAAAGAAGCUUGGGAGAGUGGACUCAUGAAACUACAAAAUAAUUUGCCCAAAGCACUCACGUGGGGCGCAGACAAAGAAUACCCAAUCUAUGAUAGAAGAAUAAACUUCAUUCUGCCGCUAGCGGGCAGACUGGACAUAUUCAUUCGAUUCAUGAAGAACUACGAAGAUGUAGUCCUGAAAACCGAUGAGGCUGUGACACUUAUAGUCAUACUCUACUUAGAUGGUAAAAACCCUAUUGAUUACAAGAGGUCAGAGAAUUUGAUAGAUUAUUACAAUGAUAACUACUCGAGUGAUAAACAAGUGAAGGCGGUUAAGAUGGGAUCCACAACGUUCUCCCGCGGCGCCGCGCUCACUGAGGGCAUCAAGCUGUGCGAACCUGAAGACCUCAUGUUCUUUGUUGACGUCGACAUGAUGUUCAACUUCGACACUCUCAGAAGAAUCCGCAUUAAUACUAUCAAGUACUACCAAGUUUACUUCCCAAUAGUGUUUAGUGAGUACAAUCCUGACGUAGUGAACGGUGAAGACUAUAACAAAUUUAAAGGUGAUAAUGUAGAUACAAAGACAGAUUUAGGUAGAUACGAUAACAUCCCGACCGAGGGCAAAACGGAGCGUGAAGUCACAAAUCUUAAAUACACAAAGCGCAUCCAUGAUGAUUUCGGUUACUUUAGACAGUACGGUUUUGGUAUAUUAAGUAUUUAUAAGAGUGACUUUGAAAGUGUGGGUGGUUUCAAUUUGACUAUUAAGGGGUGGGGGAUGGAAGACGUUCAGUUGUUCGAGACGCUGAUCAAGUCAAACUUGACGGUGUUCAGGAUAGCUGACGACAGUCUGGUGCAUAUCUUCCACUCGGUGGACUGUGAUAAGAGUUUGGAGGCGAGUCAGUACACCAUGUGCCUGGGGACGAAGGCGUCGACGUACGGCAGUGACAAGCACAUGGCCUAUUAUAUGCUGAACCACCCCGACGUCCUGUGGCCACCAACCGAAGACAAGAAAGGUGCUAGCUAGUACAGGGACUGCUUAGGUUUUCAAUUGUGUGUAAGGUGAAGAGAUUAAUUAAUUUAUUCCUGCGCUUUUAAUGCCAAUUCCUUAAUUGUAUUUUUGUAACUUAAACCUGAGAUUGUUGUUCCUUUGUAUAUGAUAUGUUAAGAAAUAUUACGAAGAAAGAAUUAAUGCUCUUAAAUGUUCCAAUCUACUCAUUGCAUUUAAAUUUGGCUUUGCCUGUUUUAUUUCUAAAGUAUGUUGUAGUUUGGUAAGGACGGUGCUUUUAUUUAAUUUGACUGUAUCGAAUUGAAGAGCUUGUAAAUUAUACUGUAUUUUUUGUCUUGGUAGGUACAGGUUAUUUUAAAGCAUUUAAUAUUAUGUACAUCAAAUAGCUAAUGUUCCUAUUGACCUAAUUAGGUAGGUAGGUAUAAGUUUUAAAACAUAAUGAUAUUUAGUUACGUUACGAAUGUUACGAUACGAAAUAUCCUUAAUCCAAGAAUUCCAAUGUGAUUGAUUUUACAAUGAUACAAAUUACUUAUAUACUUACCAUUUUCCGAACUGCUGGUUAUUUUAGUUUAGGUUAACGAAAUCUUGAAUGCCUUCUACUCUUGGUUGUGUAUAAAAAUAUGUUGUUAAGUACUUGCAAUUUUUAUUUUACUGCUUAUUCUUAUCUUUAUGUCUAGCCAUCUUGUGAACAAUAUAAUAAUUUUCAUUACAUUUAGGUACAGGCAUUAUGCCAUCCAGAUAUUUGAUCCCCUGAUUUAGGCAAUUCGACUGUAAUGGGGACCAGACACGGCCCUUGCCCAUGCACUGUGGUGGAUAUCAACUUAUGGCAAGGUACACUGCAUAGGUCAUAGCUAUCCUUAACUAGUGUAUCUUAUGCCUAAACACCUUUUUACCAUAUUUUAACAUUUAUAUCAAUGGUCACAUUUUGUCAUAAUACUUAGGUAGUUAAGUAAGUAAUUGUAAAUAUUUUGUAAUAUAUUGUGCUCAAUAAGUGCCAAUUUAGAAAAUAGAUAAUUAUUAGUUAGCAAAACAAAUUGUGUCUGUUCGUACAAAAAUGCGCUCGGAAGUAUUGUUAUUUGUAUAUUAAAUUUUUGAUAUUAAUAUUUGUACCGAAGUGCCGAAAUGUAAUAAUAUAAUUGUGAGUCGAAACCAAGUUAGUUGCAUUUUAUUUUAUGUAUUAAAUAAAUGUAUUUUUUAUAAA